CUGAUUGGCUGAACCAAAAAAGCUACUUUCUCCACCAAAAGGCGUUCGCUCACUGAGAAGAGAAUCUCUGCGCAAUUGAAACGAAUAAAUUUGAUCAUCCAAAAUGGUUGAGGAGGAGUGCUUCUUGAUUUGCUGAGAGAAAAUCUAUAUUAUUAUUAUUUUUUUUAAAAAAAAGAGAGAAGAAAAAACGAUGAACGUGAUCCACCCAUCGGUGCACCCAGUGGAGGCUCCACCGGCGACCGACGCGGCCAAUGGCGCGGUGCCCAGAGGGAGGAUGAAGGACAUCCAGGGCAUGCCCGGCACGGCCGGUGGCCUCGCCCUCCGCUUCUCUCAGUUCGCUUUCGCAGUCCUCGCGCUCUGCGUUAUGGCCACCACCAGUGACUUCCCUUCCGUCACCGCUUUCCGCUUUCUUGUCGCUGCUGUUAUCUUGCAAAGCUUAUGGAGCUUCAUUCUCGGCAGUCUUGAUGUAUAUGCCAUUUUAGUGAAGCGCCGUUUCCGGAAUCCCAGAGUUGUCAGCUUGUUUGCCAUUGGUGAUGGGAUCACUUCGACGCUCACAUUUGCUGCAGCUUGUGCGUCUGCUGGUAUCACGGUCCUUAUUGGCAAUGAUCUGAAUGCUUGUGCAAAGAACCAUUGCGCUAGAUUUGAGACAGCUACGGCUAUGGCAUUUAUGAGUUGGUUUGCUGUCUCGCCAUCAUUUCUUUUGAAUUUCUGGACUCUGGCAUCCAAAUGAAAUACAUGCAGUUUUAUUCUGUGUUUUGGCAUGAUCUCUGCGGUCUGAUUCAUCAAGCUUUACGCGAGAUAUUGUAAUUAUGUAGCUGCACCUAAAGCUUCCUUGUCAAAUGUUUGAAGUAUGAUAUGUGGAGGCAGAAAAUCUGUACCUUUGAGUUUUUGAAGAAGUAUAUUAUCUAAAUAUUGGAGUCGUGGGUUCCCUGUGUAUGACCGCCAAACGUUGAUACAAAAAGAGCUUUGAGGAGGCAGAAAACCUCCAUUUUUUU